GGCAGUAUUCCGUUUGGACAACAUUUUGGUUGAGGUUAAAGUUGAAAACCAGUAUUUGGACCUAAAUUUUACUUGGAAAAAAGUUGAGAUAAUUUUGUGAAUGAAAAUCAUACAAUUUUUUUCCUCUCAUCACUUCCUCUUGAAAAAUUGGAAUAUUGAAAUGCUAGACUUAAAAAUAUCACAAUUAAGUAUUAAUGUUAGAAUAGUAAGUUAAUUAUUAGUAACCGUUGGAAAAAGAGGGGGAAAAAAAAAGAGCAAAAUAGAAGAACUCAAAAUCGAAAUCGAUCAUUCCUAUUAAUUGCCAAAGAAAAUUCCCGUAAACAGUGUUCUUCCAUUAAAGUUCGUUAACAUACAUAUCAAUCCUCUUUGACAAUUUGCAUUUCGACAAAAUCUUCUUUGACAAAUUGUACAGUACAUAAUAUCUUCAUGGCCGUACCUUAUUCACACAUUCUUCUCCAACAUCUUACGUAACUUUAAUUUCUUUUCUUUAUUUCCACCCUCUCAAUAGGGUUACUUACAAUAAAUUUCUUAUUGUUUGUUUCUCAUCAACUCCUGAGUUUUCCUCCAACAGUGUCCAGAUUGUUACGUCUGUUAUUUUUGUUUCUCAAGAAUACAUGAUGAGGAAUUCAAGAAAACACAAAAUGGGGACGGAAGAAAACACCAUCCCUAGGAAACAAACGUUUGGGAGCAUGUUACAAUCCGAUCCAAAUCAUGAUCAAGAUGAAUACAAUACUAAUUUUUGCAUGAGCAAUAUAUCCGAAGCUGGCCCUGCAAAUUACGAUAAUCGCCCUUCCGGAUUGAGCUCGGACUACAACAUGAUGAUCUCUCCUUCACCUUCAGAUCAGGACCACUAUUCAUUAUCUUCUCCAUAUUCAAUGCCUUCGAUGGAUUUAACAUCUCCUUUAUCGAAAUCUCCAUGGUCCUCUAACAUCGAAAGCUUUCCAUACACGGGCCUUAUGGGCUCCCUUGUUCGUGAAGAAGGACAUGUAUAUUCAUUGGCAGCUUCUGGGGACUUGUUGUAUACUGGAUCAGACAGCAAGAAUAUUAGGGUAUGGAAGAAUCAGAAAGAAUUUGCUGGAUUCAAAUCAAACAGUGGAUUGGUGAAGGCAAUAAUCAUCAAAGGAGAAAGAAUCUUCACCGGUCAUCAAGAUGGAAAGGUACGAGUGUGGAAGGUUUCUUCAAAUGAUCCAAACGUUUACAAGCGCAUUGGAACAUUACCAACUUUGAAGGCAUAUAUAAAAAGUUCAAUGAAUCCCAACAAUUACGUUGAAGUGAGAAGAAAUAGAAAUGCCGUUUGGAUCAGACAUUUUGAUGCUAUUUCAUCUCUUAGCAUGAGUGAAGACCAAAAUCUCUUAUAUUCAGCUUCGUGGGAUAAAACCAUAAAGGUUUGGAGAGCAUUUGAUUUUAAGUGUUUGGAAUCUAUAAAUGCCCAUGAAGAUGCAGUAAAUUCAGUAGUUGUUGGGUUUGAUGGGCUAGUUUUUUCAGGCUCAGCUGAUGGAACAGUAAAAACUUGGAGAAGAGAAUUACAAGGGAACAAAACAAAACACUUCUUUUCACGAACGUUGUUAAAGCAAGAAUGUGCGGUAACAUCCUUAGUUGUUGAUCCUAGUUCCAAUUUUCUCUAUUGUGGUUCAUCUGAUGGACUAGUCAACUUUUGGGAACGCGCCAAGUUCUUGUCACAUGGAGGAGUUCUCAGAGGUCAUAAAAUAGCAGUUCUUUGCGUAGCCACCGCAGGGAAUUUAGUUUUUAGUGGAUCAGCUGACACAAAUAUUUGCGUGUGGAGGAGGGAAGGUAGUGAUCAUACAUGUUUAUCAGUGUUGAAAGGACAUUCUGGUCCUGUUAAGUGUAUGGCUGUUGAAGAAGAUUGUGGACCAACAAGUAAUGGUGAUCGGCAGUUUAUCGUGUAUAGCGGUAGCCUGGAUAGAUCAGUGAAGAUUUGGAGAGUGUCAUCAUGGCCGCCAGCCAUGCAACCACAGCUUCAAGACCAGUCCCAAUGGGGUACGAAUUAGUAAAGGCGAAUUUAGGAUGUAGAGUAUGUGGAUUCAAGAUGAGUUGAAUCAAAUUACAGGUUAUAUAUUUCCUCAGUCUCAAUGUAUGUGACAUUAUUUGGCUCGGCAUGUGUCGUUCAUUUUGAAAGGAAUUGAUAAAGACAUAGUGUCACAUAAAUUGAAACGAAGGGGUAUAUUCUGAACAUUUUACAUGUAUAUAGUUCGGCAACCAAUAUGCAAGAUCAACAACAUCAACCAGUCCCCAAGGGGGUAUGCGUUAGAAGAGUGAAUUUAGGAUACAAAGUCAGGGAGUACAAAUGAGUGUAUUUUUAGUUUUUUUCAUAUGUAUAUAGUCCGGCAGAGAUGCACGAACAUCAAAUUCAGAACCAGUCCCAAGGAUGUACGGUUAGUAGAGGCAAAUCUAGAAUGUAAAGUUAAUGUGUCCAAAAUGAUCAGGUGAUUGUAUAUGUAUACAUUUACACUUUUUAAAAAUAUGUAUAUAUAUAGUUCAAGCUAAAAUAAGUU